CAAUAUGGACUGUACAAUCAAACUCCACAUACUGCCCUCAGCAACAGUUGUACCGUCUGGGAAGGCAGACUAAGCUCACAAUCACAAAGGCACGUUGUGCAUUACACAACAAACCCAGUCGUUUUCACGAUCAUGUCGCAACGGUUCUUUGAGCAAGUUCAGCACGCUGCGCUUUACGCCAAAGCCAGGCCAAAUGCACCCCCACAACUCGCUGAAAGGAUUAUCAAUUUCUUGAGAGAAAAGUUUCAAGGUGAGCUGGAACUUUGCUUGGACGUUGGAUGCGGAAAUGGCCAAUGCAGUGGAAUUUUUGCAAGUUCAUUUCGCAAAGUUUUGGCCACUGACAUAAGUCCUGCGCAAAUAGAAGUGGCCAAAACGCUGGAAUACCCACAAAAUAUUGAAUUCCAGGUUAGUCCAGCGGAGAAUAGUCCAGCUGAAAAUGGAUCGGCUCAACUUGUAGUGGCUUGUGUGGCUGCUCACUGGUUUGAUUUGCCAGCCUUCCUGAAGGAUGUUGAUAGAGUUCUAUGUAAAAAUGGGGUAGUGGCUUUGACCAGCUUUUUCCUACCAAUUGUAGUUCACGCCACAAAGUCUAACGAGUUGAAUGCUGAAUUAAAACGUUUUUACUUCGAAAUUCUUGGUCCUUAUUGGGGCAGUGGCAUUCGCCAUUUGGAAAAUGAAUACGCCGAUUUUUCAAUUCCUUAUGCGGAAACGUUGCGCGAUGAGGUCUGGAGUGAUGAGGAGCCUUACACUCUGGCCAGAUUGGCAGUUGACUUGGAAUCAUGGUCCGGCUAUCAGAAUAUGUGCCGAGAUAAAGGCGAAUCUGCCGGAAGAGAAGUACUUCAAGAAUACAUAUCAAGAUGCCUGGCAUCUUUGGGAACUACGGACGAUCCGGCCAAGGUGGAGCUCAAGUUGCAACGGAAGUACUUCCUUUUGAUGGGAAGGAAGCAGUGAAAAAUUAUUCGCAUUUUCCAAAUGUAUCCCAGUUUAACUAAAGGAUAAUUGGCUGCCGUACUGGAUGCUCUGCUCACGGAGCGAGUGGGUGAAUACAACAUACGGAUGACACAUACCAACAUUUCAUGAUAUAAUGUAGUUUGUUACAAGAUGUAGAACUGUUUAACUUGCGGGGAAAAUUUUUCAUGGAAUUACAAAAUUUAGAAGGCGAUUGAUUAAAUGCCCAGGA